AUGCUUGAGAAUAUUGUUGCGUGGGUUCUUAACAACUACAUAGGUGAAUACCUUGAAGACCUCAACACAGAUCAGUUGUCUGUGGCGCUCCUGUCAGGUAAAAUUUUCUUUUUGAGCGAUGUUCUCAUCAUUGUCGGUCCUCCAACACCUGAUCGCCGAUAUGACGUGGAAGCAGUGGAACGUGUUGAGCAGCAAAAAAAGGAACAAAUGUUAGAUGAACUAGAAAAACGACAUACAGUGAGUAAACAAGAUGACUUGAUACUCAAUAAUGUUCAUAUUCGUUAUGAAGAUGAUUUGUCAUUGCCCAAUGGACUUGUUUUCAAUUGUGGUGUACGUAUACAAACAAUGACGAUGCAAACGACAAAUGCUGCAGGGGACAUACUCGCUCCGGAAGACCCUAGCAGUGCUUUCAUCAUCCAUCCUUGUAGCGCUGAGUUAAGAAUGGAACGGAAUUCUAGCAAAUUUCCGCUCAAAGGGCAUACUCCUAGGUUUAAGUUUUUCCUGCUACCAGAAAAGAUUACCAUAGAAAUGACAAGGAGACAGAUGGCCGAACUAAGGGCUUUGAAUCGAGAAUGGGCUCGUUUCGAGCGAGCACGGCAACAUAGGAAGUGGAGACCGUUGACGAAAAUUGGCGAAAAUGCAGGAGAAUGGUGGCGAUUCGCUUACGACCGAGUAAGCGAGGACACACGCCGAGCGCAAGCUCGUCGUUCUUGGCACUUUGCUCUUACUCGCGCACGACACCUCAAUGCGUACUGUAGAGCGUAUCGGCGGCGGCUUUUAGCUCUGAUAGAAAAUCCUGCGUUAAAAAACUCUACUGCCGAAAAGGUGGAAGAGGAUAAUACGCAGUCAUCAUCGAGCAAACAAGGCUCACCUGUGCAUGGUCCGCAUGAGGACGUCGUUAUCAUGAAGCAGAUCGAGCACGAUUCGCAAUAUACAUAUCAUGAGCUACAUCUUUUUCGGGAGACCGUUUUCCGCAAACUUAUGCGGGAGAAGGCCAAAGAAAAAGGCACAGAUCUUUCUUCAACCAAUGACGACGUCUUUGAGAACAUAGACACUCCGGUAGAAGAGAUUCCCUCAGUGGAAGUAAUGCGCAGCGUACAAAAAGAAAGUGGUGGUCUGUAUGGAUGGAUAACGAGUUUUUUCAUGCAGGAAGAAAGUAAAAUAGAAAAGGAGGAAGCAUUUGAUUUUCGGAAGUUGGACUUGAAAGACUUCGGAGAUUUGCCAAAAUCAUUCAACGUGAAGGAAAUGGAAGAAGAGAUUUUGGAUGUCUUGCACGAGUCUUGGGAUGAUUCCACGUUGUUGAGGCGCGAUAUGCUUCUAGCUGAAAUAGCGAUGCGCCUUGAGCACAUGACUUUGCGCUUCAUUGAUACUAUAGUAAGUCCUACUAUAGUCCUAUGUCUGUCUGGUCAUGAGAAGCUCAACCAAGCUGAGCAGCGUCGUGUUCUGGCAAUGGACCUAACGGGUGUGACUUCUCGUGUUGAACUCAGUCCUCGACAACAUUCUCUGACAGUAUCUCUAGCUGUUAUGGAUAUGGGCAUUCAACGAUUAAGAACAGGACAUCUUCCUCCAAAGGUUUCUUCACUUUCUUGUUUUUCCUUUUUUUCGCAUUGUGCAUCGCAUUUUAUAGGAUGGUCGUGUAUAUGAAG